AUGGCGCCUCCUUUACACGCACACCCUCGGUCCACUUUGUCCAAAAUGUCCCUGCAUCCUGCUCAACCUCAGACUUCCGUCUCGCCAACGUCCACAUUUUCUUCCUCCUACUCAGUUUUACCUCCAAAACCUUCCUCGUUUUCUACUUCUUCAAACAACCCACCCUCCACGGGUUCAACCUCACCUUCCCCCGUGACAUUCACGUCUCUCAUCUCGAAAACACCUCUCGCCAAACUUCCACCCGUUCCUCUCCCCGAACCGUCGCCGUUUCCCACAAAGGAAUCGAACCCUCAUCGGUCCAAGCGACCUCCGCUUCGACCCCUCCCUCACACCACAGGUCCGCUGUUCAAGCACCAACCUUUCACAGUGAGCUGGAACAUCCCUGACCUGGUGUGUAAAAGAUACAACAUCUCCCUGGACACCUCUGCGUUUAAAGGAGUGGCCACGCCUGCAAAGGUCCCAGGUCAGUUCCUGUCUCUGUUCUACACCGACCGACUGGGUCUUUACCCACAUGUAGACCUUGUUGGUAGAAAGCAGUUGUAUGGAGGUAUUCCUCAGAGGGGCAACCUGAGAGCCAGUAUGAACAAGGCCAGAGCUGAUAUCACCUACUACAUCACAUCCAAGACCAGCCGGGGCUUGGCUGUGAUAGACUGGGAGGAAUGGCGCCCCCUGUGGGACAGGAACUGGGGCACUAAGAGGAUCUACCAGCUUUUAUCUGUGGCCCACGCCAUGCAGACAAACCGCUCGCUCACAGUGGAGCAGGCCACAGAAAAGGCCAAACAACGGUUCCAGGUGGCAGCCAGAAGUUUGAUGUCAGGGAUGCUGACGAUGGGCAGAGCCAUGAGGCCCAACUACCUCUGGGGCUUCUACCUGUUUCCCAACUGCUAUAACUACGGCUGGUUGGAGCCCGGCUACUCAGGCCGGUGCUCCAAGGAGGUGAGGAGGCAGAACGAUGAGCUCCUGUGGCUGUGGGAGUCCAGCACGGCCCUCUACCCAUCGGUCUACCUGCAGGCCUCACUGGCAGAUAACCCCAGAGCUGCCCUGAUGGUGAGGAACCGUGUCCAGGAGGCCCUGCGGGUGUCCAGCCUGCCGCGGCGGAGCGGAGGCGCCGCGCCCGUGUUCGUUUACACGCGUCCCGUCUUUGUCGAUCAGAACCGACGCUUCCUCAGCCAGGGGGACUUGGUGAGCACCGUGGGGGAGAGUGCAGCAGUGGGAGCGUCUGGUGCUGUGCUGUGGGGGGCCAGCGCCGACUACGAUAACCAGGCCUCCUGUGAAUCCCUCUCAUCCUACCUCUCCUCCACCCUUAACCCUUACGUCACCAACGUCUCCGCCGCCGCCCAGCUCUGCAGCAGCUUCCUGUGCCGGGGGAACGGCCGCUGCGUCCGCAAACACUACAACUCCAACCACUACCUCCACCUGAACCCGGACAGUUUCCGGGUCGUGCACAUUCAGAGGCGCUACCUGGCUCUCGGGAGAGCUACCUUCGCGGACCUGAAGGCCCUGAGCAGGGGAUUCACCUGUCAAUGCUACCGAGGCCUGAGCUGCACUCCCAGGACUCCCAGGGAGCUCGCCAAGGCCCUGAGGUUCAGUAGGAAACAGGGGCUGCACCAAAAAGCCCGGACACUCAAUAAAGCUGCAUUGGAUGAUAUGCAACAAGCUAGUAUUCCUAAAGACAAUACUGGGAAGAACUUGAAAGUUUAGCUUGUUGCACAAAUUAAACCAAACUACUCCUUCAGUUCAGACUUGGAGAAUCCGCAGUCCAGCUGCAGACCUUGAAAUCCAGAUGAUAAGAAGGCGUCUGCGUGUUUCACCCCUUUAGCCUGAUUUGCAUUUCCUGUGAUUGUAAUUUGAAAGACGGCCGGCCCUCGCUCGACUGGAGUUCAAAAGCAGACGACAUCGGUGGAGCUCCAGGCUGAACGGCUCUUCCUCCCGGUCUCCCAUCACAAAUAAAUAGAUUUAAAGGACUCAGGAAGUGUCACCCUUCAAAGCCUCUGCACUGUGAACACACUGACAGAACCUGAACAAAUCUGUCAGCAGUCUGCAGUUAAGAACCAAACCAGGAGGAAAGGAAUCAAAGAGCCUUAUCAAACACGUCAUAUCAUUCACUGUAGGCAUUUGUAUGUGAUUUGACUGUACAUGUAAAUAAAUGGAAAGAG